AUGGCACCCGACUCGGAUUGCCCGCCUAUGGGACAUUCUGCCGCAUACUAUGAACGUCGAACCAGUCCUACAUCUCCUACAGCUCAAUACCAAUACCCAUACCCGCCUAUCUCUUCGCUGUCUCGCCCUUCAGUGGCCCAUGUCAGCCCCCAUCCUCGAAGUUCCCUUCUGGCUCCUAGGACAGACCCGAGUCGAGUCCAGAGUUCGGUCUCUAGCGGCGAGUCAGGCUCAUCCGCCUGUUCAGACUACAAAAACUACCUACAAAGCAAAUCAUACCAGUUCAGCCCCCGGGCAGAGAGCGGCAUUAUGGGAGACUUGGUUGUCAGACAGACAUAUCAGAGUUCACAAGCGCCAACUGGAGUCCACAUGAGCGACGUUGGGCCAUCUGAAAUGAUAGAAGAUAACACGGCCAUUUUCCGGUACAUACAGGAAGACCGUGUAGAAGAGGAUAACGAGAUCGACCAUGCUUUGUGGAUACUGUUUUGGAUGUCUCUUCUGGACCCUGUCUACUGUCUUUUCAGCGCCAUAGUCACGGUUCUCGCCAUCCUCGCAAUGACGCUGCUCCUUCCACUUCAACUAUGUCGUCGAGAAUACUCACCGAGCAUAUCUCUGGUGCGCAUGGUGGCUCCUGUGUUCCGAAAUCAUCUACAGAUGAUAGUUGCCAAGUCACUGGAUGACGCUCACACGUUCGAGUUUAGUCCUUGGUGUUUGAUUUUCAUCCAUCUGGUGUCUCCUAUUCUGAGUAUCCCGAAUGCGGUUGCCGCUUGGGUUGUGGCAGUAUUUUGGGUGUUUGCCAUCAUCAUGGGCAAUCCUGAUGGAACGGAGAAACGGGACGAUGGUAGAGCGGCCGUGCUCAUGUUGAGGGAUUGGUGGGAGAAGUGUUUACUCUAUGCUACAAGAAAGUAA